GGUAUGGAUCGUGUCGCUCUUCUGCUACUACUCCUACAGUGUUCGCUGGCCCGCGCCAGCCCCGACUAUGGAUUAUCCACCAGCGUCGUCGGUACGGCGCGAGUGUUGUCCAGUGUGAGCGCAGCAUCCACCUACCUGGACACACUGGCCGCAUCACAGCUAGUGCCCGCAACCAUCACGCAAACGGUGUUCGGUUUACCGAGCAUGGUGCAAAAACUGCAACAAACCGGCACCGUCGUGUCGCAGGACGGUACCAGCAUCGCGAACGCUCUGUCGACCCUCACGCAAAGCAGCACCGGAGAUCCAACCGCACUGUUUGAGGCAGUGCUAAAGAGCAUUCAAGAUGCGCUUGACCAUAUCGCACAGCUGCUACCGGCGACCAAAUCCAGCCUGUCCGCUAUCGUCGGAGAGAAUGUACCAGACCGGCUGACGGAUAGCUUCGGGCGGAUAGUAACCGCUUUGCAGACACUGCAGACGCAGAUAGGCACGCUGAAGUCGGCCAUUCUUGCUGCUGUGGCGGAGGCUGGUUCCGCGACCACCAUUUCGACGACCAUUCUCGUAAAGCACAUCACGGUGAAAAAGGUGUACAACAUGGUACAGACGGUGCGGAACUUACGUGCCUAUCUUCCAGUGGUACGAUACACGCUCAACACCUCCAUCGAGGAUGCGGUGGAAGCGGACAACUACCUCAAGACCUACGCCGCCACCGUGGCUUCGCUGGACGACAUGGUAAAGCUGGUGCUAGACUCGCUCGAUGCUGCAAAGGAAGGGUUCUACGCUACGGUAAAGUCGGGCGUAAAAGCUCUCGCUGCAUCCUACAAGACCGUGCAGGACGGUACCCUCGCACUGCCGAUAAACGAUGUGACGGCACUGGGAACAGAGAUCACUGCGAUGCUGAGCAAAUUUACCACCACUUUGGGAGAUCCGGACAAGGAUGUGAUCGCCGUGGCUACUCAGCUGCAGGGCUAUCUCGACGGUGUCAAGAGCAUGGUCUCGAUAACCGACCCAGAAGUAAUCUCCCUCGCCGACAGUAAAUUGAUUGCGACACUCAUACAAACCCUCAUCUAUAGUGGACCGUACUCACGCUACUGUUUUCACAAGUACAACGCACCGGUGAGUUACCUCAUCAGCUAUCUGCUCGACGAAUCGAUGGUCUGCAUCGACAGGGAGAUACCACGGCUAGCAAACCUCGCCACAGCCGCCCAGUCCAUUCUCGAUGUCGAUGCAUUAGAUUUUGAGGACAUCCUCGACUGGCUAACCAUCUGCAACGAGCUGCAGGACGAAACCGACCGGACCGCCUGUGUCACCCGGAUUUCACAAUCAUACAAACCGCUGGGAGACUACUUCGCCGACAAGUACAGUUUGCUGUUCGAGCUCACAACCAGCGAGGUGAAUGCGAGCAAACAGCGGCUAAAGAUUUGCAUCGGUCUGUCCAGGCGCUCCAUUUCGGAUGGAUACAUUUCCGAUCUGCAGGACGACAUCAAGCAGUGUGCUGCCAAAGGUCCAAACAAAUAG